UGGACCCGACCCGAGUUGCAAUAUCUAUUAAUAACUGAGCUACUUUUUUUCUCGCAUAAACCCUAGCGCCCCUUUUGUUAUUUCGACAAAAACCCUAGUCGCUUGCCUUUUCCUCAUCUGCUUUCUCAAAGAAAAACAAUGACUGGAGAACCAGUGAACCCCAAAGCAUACCCACUAGCGGAUGCUCAGUUAACAACCACGAUUUUAGAUCUUGUUCAACAAGCUGCCAACUACAAGCAGCUCAAAAAGGGAGCUAAUGAAGCUACUAAGACCCUGAAUAGAGGUAUCUCGGAGUUCAUUGUGAUGGCUGCUGAUACCGAGCCCCUUGAGAUUCUGCUCCAUCUUCCUUUGCUUGCUGAAGAUAAGAAUGUUCCCUACGUAUUUGUUCCUUCAAAGCAAGCACUUGGACGUGCAUGUGGGGUUACAAGACCUGUAAUUGCAUGUUCUGUCACAUCAAACGAAGGAAGCCAAUUGAAAUCCCAAAUACAACAACUCAAGGAUGCUAUUGAGAAGCUCUUGAUCUAGAAUCUUAUGAAAACACAUAUUCGGUGUGAUGGGCCUCUCGGAUUGUGGUGGUCGCUCCUUUAGAGGCUUUGACUGAUGAAGUUAUGCCACAUGCGAACCACUCUUUUAGAAUCUGACUUUAAAUGUGAUUGUUGUGACUUAUCACAUUUUCUUAUGAAUUUAGAGAAAGGAUAAUCUUGAAUUGAUGCAUACCGAAACUUAGUAUGAAUGAUAUGCUAUUAAUUAAUGUAGCUUGCUUAAAUA